CUACCACCUCGCAUUUAACAACUCUUUGGCUAAUUAAAGUACAUUCCAGUUCCUUCCUUACAUCUCUUUCUCCGUUCUCUUCUCCUUCUGUUCUUUCUCUUGAAGCACAGAGAGAAAAAUCAUGAAGCCUGUCUUCGCUACUUUCCUACUUGUGUGUCUGAUCCUCGGCUCCUCUUUCUUCGAGGCCACAGAAGCUGGUUCAAAUGGUUUGCUUAAAUACCAAAAAAAUCAAGGCUUUUGUGACUCGAAGUGCGCGGCGAGGUGCGCAAAGGCAGGAGUGCAGGACCGGUGCUUGAAGUACUGCGGUAUUUGCUGUGAAAAGUGCCAGUGCGUGCCAUCUGGGACCUAUGGAAACAAGCACGAGUGCCCUUGUUACAGGGACCUCAAGAACUCCAAGGGCAAGUCCAAGUGCCCCUGAAAAUCUCCCUCUGCUAAGUUGGGAUGAUUUUGAGUGUCAUGGAUCUCCAGUUAAAACUAUGAACGACUGUUAUAUAUAUAAUACUCAAGGGACCGGAGCUGCUUAAUUUAUAUAGAGAUUAUCAGGUCAUAAAAGUUUGAAUAUCAGAGAGAAUAAAAGGGGAUCCUUUAUUUGCGUGUUUGUUGGGGUACUGAUAUCGUUGUCAUAAUCUUUGGUUAUGCUUCUUGGAAUCAGUCCCUUUUGUACGACAUAUCCCAUUAGCUAUACAAUAAAUAAAAUGAUUUGAUUUUCCUCUUA